GAAAUCACAGGUGGUCGUUAUUUAAAUUUUUUUCUGUUUGCAUUAAUUCGUUAGAAGAUAAAGAAAUUUGUUAGCCUAUUUAAUAUCAUAAAUACGAGUGAAAUGUGAUUUUUUGAUAAAGUAUUUAAAUACUUUCUCCUAUAUAUAACGUCUGCAACAAAAACUUCGUUAAAAAUGAGUACCGAAAAUUCUGAUUCCGGCGAAGGCCUAGUCCUGUCGAUGGUGGCCCAGUUUGAUGAUAUAAAUCGUUUAAAUAAUGUUUUAAAUGAUGGAGCGUCGGAAGAAUGCUUUCUAGCAUUUCUCAAGCAGAUGGACUGGGUUCGUACCCAGUGGGCAGCAGCGGAGGCAGAGAAUGCUCGCCUCCAAGGAGAACUUGAUGAGGCUUUAAAGACUCUAUCUAAAUGGGAGAACAAAUUUGCCCAUGUCCGCAAACUACUAGAUGGAGAGAAACGGGAAAGGAAUAUUGUGUUGAAGAAAUAUAAUGAUCUAAGUAAGCUAUUAGACAUGGCCAGAGAUUUACUGUUCAAUGAUAAUCGUGCCAAGCUCAAUAAUGAAACCCUACAGAAGCUCGCCUUUCUAAAUGGUACAGCACAACAUGAUGCAAAACUAACAGGAGUGCCAGAGCUGAAUUCUACUGGCACACUAUUGUCAGAGAUGUCGUAUUCCCGUUCGGAAGAUGACCUGGAUAUAUCGUUGGCGUCGACGCGUCGCUCGUGGGUGCAGCGAGGCCAGUGGAACCCCAGAGAAAAACCACCUUCGAGCAAGAAAAGACGCUCUUCCACAUCUUCCGCUACCAAGACAGUGGAACUUCAGGGUGGCAAGGUGCUGGCCACCGCCACAACCACGCUCACGCUAGAGCGUGCGCCCACCACGCACGAUUUGAAACCACCCCAAAACUUUCAACCUAUAUCGGAGAGCAGCGACGAGGGGCCACCGGCGCGCAAGUCAGCUACGCGUGUAUCGCCACGCACCGCGCCCUCAGCACCGCCCAUGACUGAAUCUGAAAGCGCCUCUGAUACUCCGCGUAUACCGCCUCAAAGGACCCCCUCGGUGGUUUCGGCCGCGUACGGGGGCUCGCCUAGGGUCAGACCUCGACAACACAACUUCGUCGCCAAGAACUUCUACAAGCGGGAAACAUGCGGUCCAUGUGGAAAGACCAUAAACUUCGCGAAAAUUGGCGUAAAAUGUGAGCACUGCCGCGCACAAGCACAUCCCGAGUGCCGCGCUCUGCUCCCGCUACCGUGUGUGCCGCCCGGGAAACUGCACGCCACCAAGGAGGGUUGUAUAGCGGACUUCGCGCCUACCACGCCGCCAAUGGUGCCAGCUCUGUUGGUGCAUUGCAUCAACGAGGUGGAGAAACGUGGCCUGAAUGAGAAAGGCAUCUACCGUUUGUGCGCCGUCGACAAGGAAGUCAAACGACUCAAGGAACGGUUCCUGCGAGGCUGCGGCUCCCCGCAGCUGUCGACCGAGGACAUCCACGUGAUCUGCGGGUGCAUUAAGGACUUCCUGCGCUCGUUGCGCGAGCCGCUUGUCACGCACGCGCUGUGGGGCGACUUCAUGCACGCGGCCACUCUGGCCGAGCCCACCGACGCGACCGCCGCUGUGGUGCAGGCGCUCAGUGAACUACCGCAGCCCAACCGGGACACGCUGGCCUUCCUACUGCUUCACCUACAGAAGGUAGCAGAAAGUCCCGACUGCGAGAUGGGCAUAGACAACUUGGCAAAGAUAUUCGGACCCACUGUGGUUGGGUUCGGUAUGGCCAAGCAGGCAGCUGAAAUGUACACCGCCACAGCCAAGAUGUUUAAUGUGAUGCAGUUACUACUGCGCCUACAGAGCGACUACUGGUCGCAAUGGGCGUGUCCCCCGGACCCCGCGUCCCCCGCUACCGCGUCCCGCCCCCGAGGAUUCUUCUUCUCGCCCGUUGAUACCCCGAUCGCAAGAAAGAAACGCAACUAUUUCCAAUGAUAUACAUGAAAACUUUACAUGCAGAGUCAAGAAGAAGAAAUAUAAGUUUGUUCAUAAGAGAACCAUUAUGUUAACCAAAACCAACAUUAGCGUGCUUUUAUUUAUAAAAUAUGCAUUGAAUUAUAUCAAUUUACUUGGUACCUUUAGUUUGUUUAAAGUGAAGGCGGAAGGUACGCGUCCAACAGCGGCGUUCAACUUCGCUUCACAAAAUCAAACUCUAUAAUGAGAAAGCGAAUAGCCCAGUGGGGAGGCGUUGAUAGCCCAGUGUAUGGGACUUCGACUUCACUGUCGGAGGGCCGAGUUCGAAUGCAU